AUGACGGGUUCGUCGAUAGCGUUGGACACGCCGACUAAAAGCGUGGAAGCGACCGAGAGAUGUCGGUACGAUCUUUCGGAAGCCAGCUAUCGAAACCUGCUUCGGUUAGAAGAGAGGGUUCCAAGCCGGUCGCGUCCAGACAAGCGUCCGUCGACGUCCGACGAUCGAGGAGAUUCCGGAGCCGCCGACGAGCUCUACGAUGCUUUGGAACGGUACGACGACGGAGAAGAAGAGAAUGCCUUCGUCACGCCACCGACGACUACGGAGGAGUUGGAGGUCGCGACGUUACCCGCGGAGCGUGCACCGCAGCAACGGGAGCAACAGUCUUCGACGCCGGCGACUCCCAAGUCCGUCCCGCUGGAAGAUCUCGAUGCUCACCGUCGAGAAUCGGCGAAGGAGAACGAACGUACGUUGGAACUGGGCAACCAGAAGCUGAACGAGGUGCAGGACAAACUUGCGGAAAAGGAACGAAAACUCACAGAAGCCAGAGUCGUCAUACAGAAAUUAAAAGACGAAAUACACGAGGCGAAGAUGUCCGCGUUGAGAGAAUCGUCCGACGUUCGCAGCAUCGCGGAGGAAGAGGUCGAACGUCUCAAGACCGAACUCGCUUCCAAGACGGAUGCACUGAAGGAAAGGGAUCUGGACGUUGUUCGCUUGGAAUCGGAUCUGAAAGCCGCGAGGAGAAAGUCGAAGCAGCCGCCACCUGAAGAGAGCGGACUCGAGCUGCAGCAAAAGCUGCAGGAAGCCGUCCGCAAACUGAAAGACCGAGAGAGAUCUCACGCCGACAUGGAAGAGGAGUUGGAAGAGAAAGACGACAAAAUCAGCGCGCUGAAAAAAGAGUCGACGCUCGCCAAGACCGCGAUGUCCAUGUACGAAAAGCGGGUGGACGUCUUGGAAGAAAACCUGAAAACGGCUUGCAAGCGAUACGACGAGGAAGUGAAAAACAGACGGAUUGUGGAGGCGGCCGCGAAAAAGGCAGACGAGCACGCGCAAUCCAUGGCCGACAAGAACGUCGAAUUGCAGCGAGAACUGUUAAGAAGGCAAACCGAAGAGUCGUUGUACGAAAUGGAAGUGAGCAUCGGAGAGAAGGAGGAGUUGCGGCGAGCGCAAUCCGAUCUGGAGGAGGAACGGAAGACGGUUAUGCGAUUGAAGAGUGCGACUGAGGACCUGAAAAAGGACCAAACGCGUCAUUCGGAGGUUCUUCGAGAGAACAGGAACCUGAAGGAGGAGGUGGAAGCAAACGCCAGGAGGAUCGAAAGUAUCGACGACGAACUUCGCUCGUCGAAACGGACGCUCGGCGACAGAGACAGACUGGUUUCGGACAAAGAUCGAGCGACGUCCAACCUGAAGAAGGAAAUCGCCACUCUCAGAGACGAACUUCGUGCCGAAAAGGACAAGGUGGCAACAGCCGUGAAGGAACGCAGCGACGACGACGCCCGAAGUUCAGAGUCUUCGCUGAUCAAGGAUGUCGAAAAAUUAACCGCCCUGAAGGAUGAGAACGAGAAGGAGAGUAGGAGGAUGGAAAAGCAGCUUUCCGAUAAAGAUCGCACGGCUAUCGACUUGCGGAACGAGAUCGACACCCUGGAAGAGAAAAUGAAACAAAACGGAAGUAAGACGGAGGAUCAAAUGACGGCCUACAAAGAAGAGAUUGAAAGAAACGUGAAGAGGAUGAAAGAAAAAGACGAAAGACGAACUGCGACGGACGUCCCGCGAUCUGGCGGCCGCCAAGGAAGCCGGAUCAGGCUGAAGGCGAACCACGAAAACAUCGAGAAGGAGAUCCCGCAGUGGAAGCAAAGGGUCGAAGAAUUGAAGAAGGCACGAGACGAAUCUCACGAAUCCCACGUCAAGGAACUCGGAUCGCUUCUAGACGAUCUCGAGAGGGAGAAAUCGGACGCUGAAACGAAACUUGCAACGGCGAAGGCGAGCCACUCGGACGAGAUCGAAAAUCUUCGAACGCAGAUAUCUUUUCUCAAAGAAAAGGAAUCGAAACUGAGAAGAGACACAGGUAAGUUGCAUGCGGCCCUAAAGGAACGGGAAGAGAAGCAUCUCGAUCAGAUAGCUAAACUGGAAUCCGAUAAGAUUUCGCGAUCGGCCGAAGCGGAAGAGGCUCUUGACGAGUGCGCGUCCCUCUCGGAGAAACUGAAGCUCGCGACCGAUUCCGAACGUCGGUCGAAGGAGGACCUUCAUUGGUGGCAAGCCGAGAAGAGGUCGUGGCAAGCGACGGCCGAACGACGUUCGGCAGAUCUCGACAAGCUUCGCGACCUGCUGAAUACGUCCGAGAGAGAACGCGCAAAUCUUGAGUCCCAACUUUCGAACGUUGACAAGAAUGUAACGGAUUCGAAAGAAACGGAUUCGUUGAAGCGGGAGCUGGAAAGACAUCGACAGGAGAUCCGACAACUCGAACGACUUCUGAGCAACGAAAAGAGGGAGAAGUCGGGUGAAUCCAACGAUAUAAUGAUUUCGGAACUAAGUAACGAACUCAAAACGGUCAUCGACGCGCGCGAUAGACUGGUGAAAGAGAACACCGAAAUGGAAAAGAGGCUAUCGGAAUCGGACAAAAGUCUGUCGAUUUUGUACGACGAAUCGAUGAAAAAGGUUGUCCACCUCGAAGAAUCGGUGUUUUCGAAGAACAAGGAAGCGGACGAAUUGAGAUCAGAUUUGACGAAAACGAAGAUGGAGAUGGACGAGAUCAAAAGACAACUCAACUUUGCCAAUAACCAAGUGGCGGAGGCGUAUUCCGAAGUGACUCGUAUCGUCGAGAACUCGGAAGACGGACGAUCGCACGAGGAAUGUCGAGAACUUCUCACACGACGCCUCGAUGAAGUGGAACGUUCGUUGGAAAAGGAAAGGAUGAAGGCGGCCGAUUGUGCGCAAAUGAACAAAGAAUUAAUUCGACAUAUAUCCUAUCUGACGAACGAAAUAGAAACAGUAAAUUACGGCCAAAGUGUCGAGGCGCCUGUCGGCACUCUGGAGGUUCGUGGUCGUCGUGGGCACCUUACCGGCGUUGCCCAUCGGUUGUUGUCCGAACGUCGGAUACCGGUGUUUCGUAUGCAGGAAGGAGCAGACGGACAAGGAGUGCCACCAUCUCGUCACGACGAUCGCGAACGAAGGUACGGAAGACGAGGAGGAUAUCUGCCGCGGUGCGCCUCCGGUAUUCCCGCGUCUCGACUCUCGCCAGUCGACGAGACCGGAAGUCGCCGAGAAGGACGAGUUCGAGAUCGCGAGGCGCGUCGACAGGCGUGCGAGAUCGGCCGCCGACAAGCUGAGGGUGGAGAUCGAAAAGGAGAUAAG